AUGAUCUUACCCGUGCAGGACUACGCAAAGCACUCAUGUCUUUGUGCCCAACUUUCAUUAGCUGCUGACGUAACAAACAGCUCUGUGCGACAUCUAUACGAAUCACACCAGGUUUGGCAACGUGGUAAUCACAGCGACUUCAGCUGCCCCAUCUGUCUCAAGACAGUGACUCUCCCAGUAGAAACCAACUAUGGACAUUUAUUCUGUGGUUCCUGUCUGAUCACAUACUGGAAGCACAGUCCCUGGCUAGCAGCAAUAACCUGCCCUCUCUGCAGACAAAAGGUGGUUCUCCUGGACAGCAUCUCUUGUGAAAAGCAACACAAGUCCAGUGACCAAACUGUGCAUGACAUCAGAGAUUACAACAAGCGCUUCUCAGGGCAGCCGCGACUUCUUGCAGAUUACCUCUAUGACAUGCUGUUAUUCCUGACCCUUGCCUUGCGUGGAAUCUUCACCUGGGGUGGUCUCCUAUGGAUUUUUUUCCUAAGAGUUGCCGUUUGCUCCUUUGGAACAAUCGUAUCCUUGUCUUCUCCACUUGACACCAAGCCUGGGCCUCUUUGUAGGAUGCUUGGAACAGCUGAUCAUAUGGUGGUUGUCUCCCUUCUUUUUAUUUGCAUGAUCAACAUUUGUCAGCAAAUUGCAUCUAAUGGGGUAAAUAUGGCCAGCUCUGCAGCUCCAAGUGUGCUGUCAGAGUCCUGA